AUGCAUCUAUCGAAGUAUAUUUUUGUUACUUGUUUUAUUCUUUUACAAUUAGUUAGUUCACAAGUAAUAUCAAUUCAGUUGGAAAGGGCACUACAAGAUGAUGAAAAUGAUGCUUUGAGCAUUGAAAAUUAUAACAUCGGUAAAGUUGACCAAGUUAACUUAAUAGAAGAAGCUUUAAAUAGUUUGAAUCCACUCACAAAACGAAAAGGUGGUGGUCAUGCUUCUAGUGGUGGUCAUGCUUCUAGUGGAGGGCAUUCUUCUGGUGGUUCUAGUGGUGGUCAUUCUUCUAGUGGUUCUUCUGGUGGUUCUUCUGGUGGUUCUUCUGGUGGUUCUUCUGGUGGUUCUUCCUCUGGAAGUAAAGGUGGAUCUGGCUCCAGUGGUUCUAGUGAUUCGAGUGGUUCAAGUUCAGGGACUAAAGGUUCGCCACCACCGUACUCUCCACAAGAUCCAAAUCCUCCCCCUGCAUAUUCACCACCUUCAACAGGAAAUACUGGUUCCAGUUCCAAUUCUGGUACCAAACCAGGGACCAACUCAGGUUCUAACUCGGGCUCUAACUCGGGUUCCACUUCUGGAUCAAACUUAGGAGGAGUUGCAGUUGGUGCUGCUGCUGGUGCUGCUGCUGGUGCUGCUAUUGCUGGUCAUGGUGGUCAUGGUGGCGGUAAUUCUAGCACUUCUUCUAAAUCAGGUGCUUCAAGUUCAGCACACGUUAAUCAUUCUGUGCCAGUUCUUGUAGCUCUUUUAGUUGUAGGUUAUUUUUCUUAA